AUGGGCGAGCCAUGGGAAUUCAAGUACUAUCCCCUAUUCAUUGGUGCUUUCCGCCAGGAAGGCUGUGACGGCACCGCUCCCCAGAUGUUCCAGGAUGUCAUUUCCAUUGAGGUCGGAUCUACCACACCUGAAGAAGUCAAGAAGAACAUCGCUUGCUGCCUGAACGCAAUUGCAGCUCCCCUGGACACCGACGACCCAUGCGCGAAACGGAGUGAGAUUCUGACCAAGGUCGCAGCGAAUGCGUUCCUCGCCGUCAUUGCGCCCGUCCAAGACUUCCCGAGCAAAGCACGAUUCGCCGUUGACGCCAUGUGCCUUCUCAGACAAUUCAGAGACCAUGAGGUUCGACUUUCGGGCAAGAAGAGUGACGCAUGGUGGUGUCGCUUCGGGAAUACGGCAUUGAUGAUCAAGGAGUGCUUCGUCUCGGCUCGACUGGAAGAGGAUGGCUAUCUCGAGAAAAUCUUGUUCCAGCGGAUCAAGAUCGCCCCGUAG